GGCCGCCGCGCCUGUGGACGCGGUUGCCAAGGUAACUGGGAGGCGCCAGCGCAAGCGGGAAGGAGGCGGCGGUCGAAUUUUUGCGUGCGGGCAGGAGAGACUUGAGGAGUGGCCCUUCCUGAGCUUUCAGCCCCGCAGAGCGCGCCCUCCGCUGCAGUCGGUACCCCUGCCCCCGCGGGGCCAUGGGCCGGAUCUCGGGGCUCGUGCCCUCUCGCUUCCUGACGCUCCUGGCGCAUCUGGUGGUCGUCAUCACCUUGUUCUGGUCCCGGGACAGCAACAUCCAGGCCUGCCUGCCUCUCACGUUCACCCCGGAGGAGUACGAGAAGCAGGACAUUCGGCUGGUGGUAGCGCUCUCUGUCACCCUUGGCCUCUUUGCAGUGGAGCUGGCGGGUUUCUUCUCGGGAGUUUCCAUGUUCAACAGCACCCAGAGUCUCAUCUCCAUUGGGGCUCACUGUAGUGCAUCCGUGGCCCUGUCCUUUUUCAUAUUCGAGCGUUGGGAGUGCACCACGUACUGGUACAUUUUUGUCUUCUGCAGUGCCCUCCCCGCUAUCACCGAAAUAGCAUUGUUCAUCAGCGUCUUUGGGCUGAAAAAGAAACCUUUCUGAUACGUUCAUGGCGGGAGCAUAGGAUUGAAGGUUGGAGGAGCAAGGGACAGCUCACCAUUCCUGGAAGAAGAAAGGACAUCUUCAGCCCUCCACAGUAACACUGCAUUUGGUGGAGGAUGUCAUUUUUCCUGUUAGGGUAAUUAUCACUUGAGUCUGGGAUGAUCAGCGUUUUAUUCAGUGCUUUGUAAUAAAAUAUAUUUUAGAAUAAGAUCAAGACUUAAAAAAACGUUUAGGGGAGGAUUGGGGUGGCCAAACUACUAAGGCAACGCAGGGCUAUUUUGCAGCCUUGCAGACUGUCAAUCCUAAGUUUCGCUUUUAUUUUGGUUAUUACGGUAGCAUCUAGCGGAAGGAAGUAGGCGGGGAUAUGUAAAUAACAAGCGCUGUCUGCCGUUAGGGUGCCAAGCUCCUGAGUGGAGCAUUCUGGGAGGGAUUCUUUUUUUAUUAUUAUUAUCAGGGUUUUUGCAGCCAAAUGUCGGGGGUGGGGGGGAAUGUCUUUAGUAACUGCAAAUACAUGUAGCAAUAGAAAUGGGAGAGCCUAGAUAAUUUCAGGUUGCUGGGGUCCGCGCCUUAUUUACUCACCGUAGACGAAAGCGGCCUCCUUUGCCCUGAGUAAGGAAUACGCAGAGAAGCUGUUUUAUCGUCAGGUAGGAUAAUCCUUACCUGUUCCUCCUUCGGGAGGGCAGAUCGGAACAUGAUGAUUGGAGCUCGCAUGAUGCGUGAUUAGCGUCUCCGCGUGGCCGGGACUUGCAACACCCCGGUCGCUCCUGUCUGAUUCUGUCUGGCGAUCCCGCUUUUUAGUCGGUAGAAACGGGCAGAUUUUGGUUGUCAGUGACAGGUUGGUUGUUUGUUUGUGUGUAACCGUUUAUCUGUCAAUGACAAGGUUCUUCUGCUGAGUCGGGACUGCGGCCUUUUUCUCUGGCUGUAGGGCAGUGGCGUGGGUGUCUCCAGAUUGGGAAUAAGUCACUUUUCCUGUCGCUCCUACUUGGUGUCUCACCCAUUCUCUCUCGAGGUGGCAGAGAGGACCCACCGGCUGCGGAAGGUGGGUAUGGCUUCCCCGGGGGCGACGUCAGGGGUGUGGUGAGAACCCGCAGCUCUAGCUGCUAGCGCGCGGCCGGAACGUGCUCAGAGGGAGUUUGGAAACACAAUUGGGCCUAGUGCGGACGUGCCAGCAGAGUCUGAAGGGCUGACGAGUGUUCGCGAGGUCCAGUUUCCUCGCGCAGGUCAGUGUUAUGUACGGGAAGAUUAUCUGUCCUAAAUGAUGGAGCCUAGGCCAUCCUAAAUGAGCAAAGGCGUCCAAGGUGAUGCCUCACACACAUGGAACCAACCUUUCCCUCCGCGCCUGUGCCCUCUGGCAGCCUUUCAUCUUGAGCGUUUAUUGGCUACUUACUGAGCACCUAACUGCAUGCAAAGGCACUGUGGUAGGCACUGUGGGAGUCGUGCUGAACAUGAUGCCUGCUCAGCCUCAGCCAUCACAGAUCCUGUGGCUCCUGGGGUCUGGCGGUGUAGCUGGAGCAGAAUUGGGGGGUAGACUGUACUGGAAGCAAGGAAGGUGGACAUUGCGGGUCGUGCUUACAGACUAGUCAGGAAGGUCACAUUCCACGGCAGUCUGGCUGUCGCCCGCACCCACGGAUGGGGUUCGCUGAUUGCUGAAAGCGGACUUUUUGUUUUUCAGAAACACUGGGGGCUAGUUGCGCCACGGCUAUUAUCAGAAAUCAUGUAAACUCCACAGAUGAAUUAUA